AUAGAGGAACCGCGAUUCGUGGAGAACCACUUUUUGGCUGGCCGUCUGGCUGUGUUGUCUCAGGUUUUCACACCAUAAGUUCAGUUGGUUUGGUGGCGGCGAGCAGCUAGCAAGCAGUUAGUAAAGCAACGGUAGAUCAAUCUUCCAUCAACGUGCGGUUCGGUAUAGUGUGUUCCGUUAGAGAGUUGAGGCAAAGUCGCGAAUAUUCGAUAAGCAGCAACGAUGGCUCUGAGCCGAAUCUACUCCAGCAAAUUGGCCUGUGCCAACAAGACUUUACUCCCGUCGGUGGCCACCUUCGUGCGCAAUGCUUCCGAUAGCACAGACCUGAAGGCGAUCCUGUCUGAGAAGAUCCCCAAGGAGCAGGAACGCAUUAAGAACUUCCGCAAGCAGCACGGUGCCACCAAGGUCGGCGAAGUCACCGUCGAUAUGAUGUACGGUGGUAUGCGCGGUAUUAAGGGUUUGGUGUGCGAAACCUCGGUCCUCGAUCCAGAUGAGGGUAUCCGUUUCCGAGGUCUCUCGAUUCCCGAAUGCCAGAAGGUGCUGCCCAAGGCUCCGGGUGGUGCCGAACCGCUGCCCGAGGGUCUCUUCUGGCUGUUGAUCACCGGAGAUGUCCCAACCAAGGCCCAGGUCGAUGCUCUGUCCCGCGAGUGGGCCAACCGAGCUGCCCUGCCCUCUCACGUCGUCACCAUGUUGAACAACAUGCCGACUACGCUGCACCCGAUGUCCCAGCUGAGCUGCGCCGUGACUGCCCUGAACCACGAGAGCAAAUACGCCAAGGCUUACUCCGAGGGCGUCCACAAGAGCAAGUACUGGGAAUACGUCUACGAGGACAGCAUGGAUCUGAUUGCUAAACUGCCAGUGGUGGCCGCCACCAUCUACCGCAACACGUACCGUGACGGAAAGGGCAUCGGUGCCAUCGACCCCAAGAAGGAUUGGUCCGCCAACUUCACGAAAAUGUUGGGAUACGAGGAUGAAAAGUUCACCGAACUGAUGCGUCUGUACCUGACCAUUCACAGUGACCACGAGGGUGGCAACGUGUCUGCCCACACCGUGCACUUGGUUGGAUCCGCUCUGAGCGAUCCCUACCUAUCGUUCGCUGCUGGUAUGAAUGGACUGGCUGGUCCUCUCCACGGUCUUGCCAACCAGGAAGUAUUAGUGUGGCUGCAAAAGCUGCGCAAGGAACUCGGUGAUAGCGCCACUGAAGAUCAGGUUAAGGAGUUCAUUUGGAAGACGCUGAAAUCUGGACAGGUUGUUCCCGGCUACGGCCACGCUGUCCUGCGUAAGACCGAUCCUCGGUACACUUGCCAGCGCGAGUUUGCCUUGAAGCAUCUACCAAACGACCCCCUGUUCAACUUGGUGUCCAACAUCUACAAGGUUGUGCCCCCAAUCCUCACUGAACUGGGCAAGGUCAAGAACCCAUGGCCCAAUGUAGAUGCCCACUCUGGCGUUCUGCUGCAAUACUAUGGCUUGAAGGAAAUGAACUACUAUACCGUUCUCUUCGGCGUUUCCCGUGCUCUUGGAGUGCUGGCAUCUCUCGUUUGGGAUCGGGCUCUUGGUCUGCCAAUCGAACGCCCCAAAUCCAUGUCCACCGAUGGAUUGAUGAAGGCCACUGGUGCUAAGUAAACUAGUGCUAAGUUAAAAAAUUACCCAAACCCGUCAUCAACACGUCAACCAAAAACCGAAACCAACUGAAACAUUUUUUUUGUCAAAAACCGAGUACGAUAAGACGAACCAGUGAACCAACUUCAGAAGGAAAGAUCAACAAAGAGAUUGCCGGGCGUCUCGUUCAAGAGUACGACAGAAGUAUUUGGAACCAGAGAGAAUGACAUCUUUCCCUUUGCCUGCCCCGUUCCAAUAUCCCGAAUUGUCCCUCGUUAAUAAAAAAAAACUUGACAAGGACAAAUUGAAACAUGUUUUCAAAUGCAUAUAAAUUUGUUACAUUGUAUGAUUUUAAUUAAGUGAUAAGAGCAUUAGUAACUUAAUUAGUUUAAGGAACAAGUCUAACGGCGCAACAAACUCCUUGCAAGCCAAGGAGUGGGAGGACUCUCACUCUGUAAACAAAACUAAGUUUUUUGCUCGUCAAAUCAACGAAAACGGAAAUCCCAAUAAAACAAAUUGUUUAUUUAUUAUCUAUUUAAAUGCAACUUAUUUAAAUGAUGCCAGCUAUUUAUAGAUUGGAUAACGUGUUCAAAUGGGAUAUAAUAAAGAGAAAUGCCAAUACAGACGAUUCAAAAUCCAAUGUGUUGAUAUUUUUUGACACCUAUUUAGAGUCACAUACGCAUCAUCAACUAGCUCAUCUAGAAUACGUUAGUAGUUUAAAAAGUGCUACCUCAUCAUCUUACGCGAUCUAGUGGACCGCAAAUACAAUUCAGCAUCAGCUCCAGAACAUUUCCCACUUUUUGCACAGCUCAUAUGAACGAAAGAAACGACAAUUUCUUCUCUCUGUUUUCCGGUUCAAUUCAGUGUUUGGUGUCUUUGUCUUCGGAAAAUUGCCACAAAAUUUUGUCAUUCCCAUGAAGUACUUUCUGAAAUUCUACAAUAAACAAUAAGUAAGAAUAUGAUGAAACAAAAAACGUUACUUAGACAUCGUCUGAAACCAAGGAUAAUAAGAUGUAACGAAAACUUACACAAUAAUAUGAAACAAAUCAGUAGUACCUACAUAUAGAAUAAAACGGAAAACGUAGGAAAAUUAUUUCAAUGAAAUCACGAAAUCCUCCUUCUAGCAAAAGAGAAUCAAAAAUUAACAAAAAAAAGUCCUUUUUACAGAUGGAAUCUUCAGUGUGGUUAAUUAUUCACAUUAAUACGUUCUUUUUGAUUUGGGAUAAGCGUUUUACUUUUGGCGUUCUAUUUGUAUUCGAUUUUCUCACUUCUAGUCUGUUUUAUUCUCAUUGUUCUUGGUACUUGUACUGGCAUUAACAGGAAAUUAGAAGAAUAAUUUAUUGGUCAAAAUAAAUCUCAAGAGGACUACCUGUA